AUGCCACCAAACAUUAUUCUUGCUGCUCCUAAUAGUACUACUUCUUCUAGCUUGGUAACUCCUGCCUCGAAGAAGGACGAGGAUCAAGUAUUCACUUGGAAUGAAGUGUAUCAUUAUGUCUCUACAAAUCAGAUCAAGUCUAUUCAUCGCAACAAGCAGGUCCAAACUGUUUACAAUCAAUGGAUGAAGGAUACAUUGAGCAAAUAUGGUUCUAUUGAAAACUAUCUCUUGUCCACAAAGUUACAUUUCAAGCCCAUCGAGGAUAAGAAUCGCCCACCUGUCAUCAUCCUUCCCAAUGAUUUUCCCUAUUCUGUAGAGGAAGGUAUCAAGCACAUCUUGCUCUGGUCUCAAAUUCCUCUCUCUCAAAGCUACAUUGAAGAAAUCCUGGAGGCGAAUUACGGAAGCAAGACGUACGAAUGGGUUUACUUUGUAAAUCCACCAGAGAUCCAAAGUGUUCGCAAGUUACCUCAUGUGCAUGUCUUUAUGCGCCAACACAUAAAUUGA